AUGGAUGGCCGUCUCAACCGUCUCAUUCCCAGAGCCCAAGGGAGCGUGAGCUAGCUGGAUCUCCCUGUCCCAGAAGGACUAGCUAGGGGAUAAUCAUUCCAAAAUGGCAGCUCCAUUUAUCAAAAGAUUUUUUCAGUCUUUACCAAGCAGUAGAUUUUUAGGAACUGUGAGAGAUCUAAAUUGCUCUACCAAGCAUCAGUUAAAUCCCGCAGAAACAGGGAGGAGAUCGCCCAAAACUGCCUUUUUUCUUGGUUUUGGACUUGCUGGUUUAUUGGGAUUUUCCGGAAUUUUGUAUGGAAAGAAACAAAGAAAGACAUCGCGAAUUGAGGCCUCGUUCGUCGAAAAGAAAAACGAAGAAAAGGAAAAUAACUCUCCACUUCAAAUAUCCGUAUCCUUAAGAUGCAAUGAUCGUUUCAGGGGGGUCAAUAUGAGAUUAUGUAGACAUGAGCUACGGACUGGGUUUAAAAGAUGGACGUCAUCCCAAGACCUGGCAUACAUGGUCGAAUAAUCUGUGUGAAUUAGACUAGUGGAUUGUUUGACGUUCUCUUUUUUUUCCAUCAACAAAUUACUUUCACUGACACAUACUUAUGACGUAGGGGUACCCUACCUAUUACACAUAUCAUUGCCAGGAAGUACCCCUUAAUUUGAAGGAAUGCUGGUCGUUUCGCCAUCGGGUCUUUUUGCUAACGGCUAGUUCGCCAACAUAUGAGGUGGCGCCAACACCUACAUGUCAGUUCGCCAAUGUCCAAAAUAAAGCUUUUAGUUGAAAAUAAUUGUCUCCAAAUAGGUAACUUGGCGAACUGACAUACCAGCAUUGACAGAAGAACUGAACCAUGACAUUGGCAAACUUACUUCAUAUGUUGGCAAACUGGUCCUUGUAAAAUUGACAUGUUGGCAAAAUGACCAUCUUAAGGGAAAUUUGAAGGGAGUGGUGCAUUAAAUAUCUUUCACUCUCAAACACAGUAUGAUCAAUGCGCCAAUGCUUUUCAUUUACAAUUUAAAUGCAUUGCUAAGUUUAGUAUUAUUCUGAAUAAAAAAAAUACUGAGUGUAUGGAUACAGUGCAAUUUAAAGCGGUUUGUUGUUCAAGUUUACGUAUCAAAGACUUUUAAGUUUUUCCCCUGAACAAUUACAUCAGACCAAAAGUGAAGAAAAUAUCUAUGACCACUCAUCUUGGACCAUUCAAUCUGCCAUAGAGGAAUCACGAUAUAUCAUAAAAUGUAUGAAGGAAGAAAUUGGUUGCCCUGGAGUUUGUAUAGCUGUUAGCCUGGAUGGAAAAACUGUUUGGAGUGAAGGAUUUGGCUUUGCAGAUGUAGAGAAUAGAGUGUUGUGUACCAGUGAAACUGUUAUGCGAAUUGCAAGUAUCAGUAAGCCUAUUACUGCAACAGCUGUAGGUAGGUGAUUCUCUGAAAUUAAAAGGAAUGAAAAUUAGCUUGUGUAGGAAGUGCUUGAUUCAGUCAGGGGCAAGUGAUGUUGUUAUACAAAUUCUCCUUUUCAGAACCUUGGGAAAUGUAUAGAGAACAGUAUUGAGAAUAUACAUACUGAUGUCAGGGUGUAAAGGGUAAAGGAUGUUAAGAGAUUGUACACAUGCAUGUAGGAUUUUAACCAUGAUCUCUCUAUCAUGUCCAACAUUUUCUAUCUAUGAUUUGUCAGCCAAGCUGUGGGAAGAAGGCAAGUUAGACCUUGAUGCACCAAUCCAAAAAUAUGUCACAUCAUUUCCUGAGAAAUCUUUUAGAGGCUCCCCAGUCACACUUACAACCAGACACUUAUUGUCUCACCUUGGUGGAAUAAGACAUUACCAAAAACCCACAACAUCCAGCGAAGAAAACAAGACAGAGAAAGAGAAGAAAGGUAGGUGGGUUGGUUGCCAAAGUGCAUGCACUAUGAUAUUCAGUGUUGUAAAGUUGUGGUGCCUAAUUUCUAAAGAAUGCUCAAAAUUUUAAACUUAAAUUAAAUAAUUUUUUUGGUGUUUGAGUUCUUACAUCAAAUUUUCACCAACUCUAGAAAGUGUUUGCUUAUUUGUUCCAGUUACAGUGAGUGGUGGUUGCACUUGUAGACAACAAGGUGAUUCACAGUUUGAAGAAUUCUUCAGUAAGGUAGGGAAAUAACUCUUGAAUAAAAUCCCUCUCCAUGGCAUUUUUUAACAUACUAGUAACUUCUGUCCUUGUUGUUUGUUUAAAGCAUUCUUUCAUCAUCCCCCCCCUUCCCAAUACUUUUUGAUACUCUUACUUCUGCUCAAUGAACAAAUUGACAUGUAUGAUGCACAAAAUGCCAGCAAUUAACAGCAUAAUAUUUGUUCUACAGUGAUGAGAACAAUAUAUCAUUCACAUUAUUUUAGAAGUAAUAUGUCCAGUUCAGGCAAUCCUUCAUUAAGGUCCCAAUUCCAUAACCUUGAGGUCUCACCUUAUUCUCUAUAUAAUCUAGCUCUAAAACUCUACUGAGAAAACGCUUUUAUUGAGAGAGUGGUUAAUUAGACUUGCCUUUCCUCUUAAAUAUAUUUUGUUGCCAUGUACUGUAAUAAGUGUCCCAGGUGCCCAUUUUCAACAAACUUCUUGCUUCUGUUACUCUUCCUGGUCACAUUAUUAUAGGUAGAAUGAUGUUAACUAGUUGUAAUGCUACAUUUCCUUUAAGUAAUUGUUUCAGAGAUAGAUGCAUUUAGCAGUGUAAUUAAAAACUUAUUCAAUUUUUUUAGGACCAUUACAAAUCAGUUUCUGAGGCUAUAGCCAUGUUUAAAGAUGACCCACUCCUAUCCACUCCUGGUACAAGUUAUUUAUACACCACCCAUGGUUGGACCUUACUAAGUGCUGUUGUUGAGAGCAUAUCUGGACAAGACUUUCUUCUGUAUAUGAAAAAACUGUUUAAAGAUCUGGGCAUGGAAAACACACGCGCUGAAUUCAAUGAUACAAUUAUUCUGAACAGAGCAAGGUUAAGUUAUGUUACAUGGUGUAAGCAAUCAAUAUGGAUCUAUCAGAUAUUUUUGGAUAUUAAUACAAAUCAUUAUAUCUGUUCACAACACUCACUUUUAAUUCAAACUUUAUGAAAAUGGGAAAAAAGUAAUGAAAUGACCCUAAAUGAAUGAUAAAAAUGUUCACAGCAUUAUAUACUAUUGAUUUGUUCCUCUUGUAUUCAUGUGCAUGUUAGUAUUUUAACCCCUGUUCCUUACUUCUUUUGUCCAAUGUUUCCUAGUUAGAUUAACCUACAAGUGCUCCUGAAUUAUGAAUUUUUAAUGGCAACGAUCUCUCUCACUCAAUGCAGAUUUUAUCAACGCAAUUGCAAAGGACGUCUUAUGAAUGCACCAUAUGUAGACAACUCCUACAAGUGGGCAGGGGGAGGUUUCCUGUCUACUGUGAAAGAUCUCAUCCAAUUUGGAAAUUCUUUGCUUUAUGCCAAACAGAUAGGAGAGGUGGACAGAAAGGAAGCAUCUGGUAUGGCAGGUUAUUUUAGAACUACGGUAGAUCAGGGUAAACUGCCUUCACCUGUGCAAUAGUAGUUUUCACUAAAAAAAAACCUGAAAGCUGAUUUCCAAACUCAUGAUCUCACACCUCUGAAUGCACCAGUCCCGAGAUUUUUAGAGCUAAAUCUGCACAUCUCAAAUUUGAUUAUUAUCUUAACUCUCAUCACCUGUCUGUUGAUAGUGUGAUAGUGUAAAACUGAGAGGAGAGUGUAGGCACUGAUUACCACUGGCAAUGAAAGGAUUAAAUCUUUUUUUGUACCGUGGAAAACUACCCUCAACUUGAAGGAUGCUACAAAUAUAAUUAAAGUUAAGAAGGUAGAGCUGAUAAUAAACCAAGAAAAAGCAGUAGCAACUAGGGUGGAAGAUGAUGAAAACAAAUCUAAUAACACUCAAUUUAAUAACAGGCUAUCUUCCUGGAUUUCUUAAACCUCUUACUGUAACUGAACUCUGGAAAAUUGUGGCUAACACAGAAGGUCAAGGUGACAAAGAUGGUGGCUAUGGACUUGGGUGGGUGGUCAUUGCAGAAAAACAGGAGUUUGGAUGCUGCUCACAUCAAUCAGAAUGUGUAUUUCAUGACGGUAAGAUUUUAAGUAAACCCUGAAAUUUAUCACCACUAAUCCUAAAUACCUUGAAUACCUUGAAGAGACCCCCCCCCCUCCCCCUCAUCUAUGAAUAAUUUCAACAGUUUUUUUAUACUACUUAAGUUUCCAAUCCAACUCUCUCACUUUUUCAUUUCGGGUUUGAUGUAUUUGCUUGCAAGCUAGGGAAACUGACUCUGUCUCAGGCAGAUGAGGCUUACCGAAAUACUUGCUAAGAAAAUUCACCCUUUUUAACCCUCAGUUAUACAAAUUUCAAUCAGACACUUCUAAGCUUCCCUGGUAGAGUAGAAUUUGAGUCAAGAAGAAAAUCUACAUGCUUUUGUGAUAUAUUUUUCUUGGGUAGUUAACCUCUUGACCACAUUUUAUGAAAAUUACUCAGUGCCAUUUCUUGGCUUACAUCCAAGCAUACUGAGGGUGAGGUUACCAGAGAAAACUUCAUUGAUGACCACAGAAUACCCAAACUUACAUUUUUCAUCAAAUCUGAUAUUUUCUUUCCAGGGGGAGCAGUUGGAGCAAGCAGCAUAUUGAUGAUAAGACCGCAACAAGCUCACACAAAACCUCCGAAAGGAGUGGUCAUUGCAAUACUGGUGAACCUUCAAGGAGUAAAUCUUCAAAAAACUGCCGUGGCUGUAGCCCAAUGCUUUGAGAGAACUCAGCAGUAAUUGUCACUGCAGUAAAUUCCAUUGAUUGGUAAUGGCUGAUGACAUAUGAUGUUGCAGUUUGUCCUUAAGAUUUUAUCGACAACAAAGAGUAUAAGAAUGAUGAAAUAUAUACAUAAUAAUUAUACUUUAUUACAACCAUUAUGACAUAAUUUAUUUUGUGAAAAUGAUGUUAUUGAUCGAAAAUGAAAAAAAUUGAAAUAACUGAGGUGUAAAUCUUUUGAAUGGUAGCCUUUGUAACAACUGCAUCCUGUCUUUUCUCCUCACAUUAAGAUAAUAACUGAAAAUGUAUUUUCACACCACUAAUUAAUCUUCCAAUUUUUUAACAUUUUAAUAUUCUUAACCAAAAGGUAAGGAAAUCACUAAAAGUAUUUGACCCUGUACUUUAGGUAUUUGAUAAGUUUUAAGAGAUCAUUAUUGUAUACAUGUGGA